CCCGCGGCCGCCGCCGCCAUUUCGGGCGCUGCUGGGAGGCUGACACCGGAGCCGGUCCGCUGGGCGGCGGGCGCCAGGGCUGGAGGGGCGCGCGUGGCGGCGGCGGCCCAGUGUGAAGGCGCGGAGGCGGCCAUGGCGGGCAACUUCGACUCGGAGGAGCGGAGUAGCUGGUACUGGGGCCGCUUGAGCCGGCAGGAGGCGGUGGCGCUCUUGCAGGGCCAGCGGCACGGGGUGUUCCUGGUGCGGGACUCGAGUACCAGCCCCGGGGACUAUGUGCUCAGCGUCUCCGAAAACUCGCGCGUCUCCCACUACAUCAUCAACAGCAGCGGCCCGCGCCCUCCAGUGCCUCCGUCGCCCGCUCAGCCUCCGCCGGGAGUGAGUCCCUCCAGGCUCCGAAUAGGAGAUCAAGAAUUUGAUUCAUUGCCUGCUUUACUGGAAUUCUACAAAAUACACUAUUUGGACACUACAACAUUGAUAGAACCAGUUUCCAGAUCCAGGCAGGGUAGUGGAGUGAUUCUCAGGCAGGAGGAGGCAGAGUAUGUGCGAGCCCUCUUUGACUUUAAUGGGAAUGAUGAAGAAGAUCUUCCCUUUAAGAAAGGAGACAUCCUGAGAAUCCGGGAUAAGCCUGAAGAGCAGUGGUGGAAUGCAGAGGACAGCGAAGGAAAGAGGGGGAUGAUUCCAGUCCCUUACGUGGAGAAGUAUAGACCUGCCUCCGCCUCAGUAUCGGCUCUGAUUGGAGGUAACCAGGAGGGUUCCCACCCACAGCCACUGGGUGGGCCGGAGCCUGGGCCCUAUGCCCAACCCAGCGUCAACACUCCGCUCCCUAACCUCCAGAAUGGGCCCAUUUAUGCCAGGGUUAUCCAGAAGCGAGUCCCUAAUGCCUACGACAAGACAGCCUUGGCUUUGGAGGUCGGUGAGCUGGUAAAGGUUACGAAGAUUAAUGUGAGUGGUCAGUGGGAAGGGGAGUGUAAUGGCAAACGAGGUCACUUCCCAUUCACACAUGUCCGUCUGCUGGAUCAACAGAAUCCUGAUGAGGACUUCAGCUGAGUAUAGCUCAACAGUUUGCUGACAGAUGGGAACAAUCUGUUUUUUCCCCCCAAUUGCCAUCUAUCCAAUUUUCUUACAGGUGUCAAAAGCAGUCUAGUUUAUAUAAGCAUUCUGUUACCUGUGAUCUUUUUAAGACUGAGUUACUCCAUUCUCACUUGUAUUUACCAUAUUCAGGGUACGAAACCGGAGGGCUUGUGUGGUUGACUUCUGAAUUGGCAGUUUUAAGUGGUAGUGGCCGUGCCUGUAUGAGAGGAGCUAAAUACUUGACUCCUUUCUCUUGGGCAAUACAGAUCAACCUGUGGAAAACUGAUGGGCAGGAAAAGAAUGUUACACACUGCUUACCCUGAUGUCUUCAGUGGUUCUGUUCUCAUUCUGAAACCAUACUAUCACUGGCAGCAGACUGUCCUCCCACUCACAUGAAGUAAUCACGCACUGUGGGGUAGUGCCCAGUGGGGUUGCAUUUGCAUUUACGGACCAUGACCACUGUAGGACUCAUUCUGACAUUUCAAAUCCUGAGGGUUCUGAGAACACUACUAGAGGCAUUUGUCUUCCUUCCCGGUCACUGCUUCAUACUUUUCUUGGAUUCUUUCCUUGUUACUCUCCCCUGUACUCGUAAGUGGCUUGAUUCUUAGGAUAGUGUAUGUCUUCAUUCCAGUGAGAAGCAGGAUAUGCAGAGCACUUUAUUCAGUGCAGAGCUUUAAGCCGGUAUUGGACUCACUCAGUGGAUAAACUCGCAGCUCUCUGCUGUCCCCCAGGGGGCAUCGUAGGUUCACACUGCUACCACAGCUACAGAGACUUCCUUGCUGAUGGGAUGGAUCCGCCAGGGCUAUUUCUCCUGAUUGCUGGCAUCCUAAUGGGAUGCUUAGAGUUUUCAGAUUCUACUUGGAGUGGAAGGACCAAUCACUUACUAUAUCCUAUAGAAGGUAUCAAGGGCCAAACUCUGCCCUCUGUAUCAUGUGCAAGUUGUAUAAAAGGCAAGUUAGAAUUCUAUGCAUUUGGGGUAGAAUUAGUACUUUUAAAACUGUGCCAGUCAGAAAUUACUUUGUAUUAUUUUAUGUGGCCAAAAUAGUUCUUGAAGUACAAUUAUAAAUUGCCUUCACUUGGGUUUUUCUUUCACCAGAUUUAGUUUACAAGCCCUUUAAAGUAUAGAGUGAUUUAUAUGGGGUCAGACGCUCCAGAGAAUAGGCCUCUGGGGCCACAAAUGGCUUAGUUUCUUUAGACUGUAACAUGAGACUUUCAGGUGAAAAAGGCAUUUGCUGGUCUCUAAUGUGGUGUGACCAAUAGAAACACCUUAUUCUUUGCUUUGAACCUCAUUUAAAUAAUGUACCUUCUUAGUUGUCCUGUAUAGAUGAAUAUGAUGAAUUUGCAUUCUCUGAACAUAUACCAAAUCAUGGUAUUACAGACUAGCAUAUUGCUUAGCACAUGCGUGUAGACAUUUUGUGCAAGAGAAUGAGCAGAGUACAGAAACUUGUUACAUGGCCCAGGGUUACCAGUUGGCAUAGGAUCGCAUACAUUACCACAGGCAACUGAAUGAAUUGACGCUAAUUUACUACUUUUUUUUUUUUUUUUUACCUCACUCUAAGGUAAAUGCUUGAUAAAAACAUUAAUGUUCAACUUGGUAGAUGCUGGCACAGUCUAAGCUCAUGAUGGGUGCUUGAUGUUGAACGGACAGAGUCCACCUGGCUAUGUGUUUCAGUUUUUAAUUAGUAUAGAUACUGUAAAAUCAAAUGCAUAUUAAGUCUUGUUUCCCUAAGCCAGGUGUACCCGUGGCACAUGGCUUUAGUCACAGCACUUGGGAGGUAGAGGCAGGUGGAUCUGUUAGUUCAAGGCCAGCCUGCUCUACAGAGUGAGUUCCAGGACAGCCAGAGUUACAAAGUGAGACCUUGUCUCAAAAACAAAUAAACAAAAAUAAUAAUAAAAAUUUAAAAUCUGUUCCUGAAAUCAUGGCAUCUAAAAUAUUUGUAGGAAAUCCCUGUUACAACUAAUUUGAAUGUUGGUAUUUUCUUUUGCCUAUGAUGCUGGCUUGUACUGUCUCUUCAUUAUUUGUGGUAUUAAUGGGAUACACGGCUCUACUCAAAUCAUAAGACCUCCUCAGUGAUUAGUUUGUUCAAAGCCAUUACAUGAACUGUUUGGUUGGAUUUGGCUGGGUGUAGCAGUUAUUGGACCUCAAGAGAUCAAAGGACUUACAGAUAUCUUCCAAAAAUAGCAAGUGCUAGAGUCCUCGUCAAGUGCAUAUGUACAUUGUCACAGAGCAAAGUAAACUGAAAUUGGCUGCUAUGUUUUAUAUAAUCACCUCUGCAAGAGCCCAUUUUUGGAUACUAAUGUUUGACAUCGUUAAUUCUUAUUAAUUUGUUGGAAUUGUUUAUUAAUAAUGCAAAUAGAUAACUUUAAUUUUCCACAAGUAACAUUUCACUAUUAAUGGUUUGAAAUGGGUGAUAAGCAAACCAAUUUGAAAUAAAAUAUGAACAUGUGCCAUUGUAUUAUAACACUAUACACUUUCUUGACAGUUAAAUUUUAAGAAGUUUUUUUUUUGUAGCAUGUAUUGUAUAUGUUUAUAGUAUAUGUAGUAAAUAAAAGAAUGGCCAAAUGUUUGGCUUGGUGAUCUUUUGGAGAAAGUAAUCUUGGAAUAUUUGUCACAAAAUAGAGUGUUUAUGUUUUUAAGGACUAGAAGGUGUGUGUCUCAACUGCCCACAGUCACAUAACUGUUACACAUGUGGUGGGUUAGUCGUUGGCGUAUGCUAUGGGAUCUCUAGAAAGUAUGGCACUACUGUGAGGGGAGCAUGAAGAAAACCAUCUAUAUGAAAUCUAAAGAGCAUGUUGUGAAUAGAGAACACCAGACUUGUCUGGAAAUGGCCACCUGUGUGUGUGAGGAGAUGCCUGCUAGAGAACGCCAUAAACGUUAGACAGCGGGUCUUCAGGGUGCUGCUGUAGAUCCUCCAUUAGUUUCUUUUUAAUGUAAGUAGCAAAUGCUCAGGGAAAGUUAGAAAAGUGAGAACAACAGAAGUAGACUGUACAUUUCUGUAUGUUCAUGCCAUCCUUCCCCAAAGUGUGUGUGUGUGUGUGUGUGCUCCAAAUUGACCUCAUUUACUCUGGUAUUGGUACUGUGGUCUGUACCCAUUAUUCCAGUACUUUCAAGGCUAUGGACUUGAACCCAGGAGUUCAAGGUCAGCCUGGACAUCUUAGUAAGACCACUGUCUACUAAACACCUAACAAAUUUUGUCUAUUGCCUAUAUGAUACUCUGCCUUAGACUCAACACAGCCUCACAGUGGCUGCCGGGACCUAUAAGUGUGUCAGUGUAGAGCGGAAGGAGGCCGGCUCCUCUGCAGGGAUCCCGCUUUGGCGUAUGCAAGUUUAAUAGCGAGGUGAACGUGUAUUUCAAUUUUUUGACAAUAAAAUAAACUGUGCAACUUUUGUUUCACUA